AUGGAAGCUACCGCUGCUACAAUGAAUUUGCAACCCAUAAAGAAUAUAUUUUCUUCAGACGAGGGCGGCGGCAGUUCGGACUCUCGCUCGGACAGCAGCGAGGACGAGGUCACUGAGCACGUGACGAGAUCCACUCCACCACCAGACAUGGCUGCCGCCAGGGCUCAGGUGCCCACUAUAAGCGUAACCCCGCACAGUCCGGGGUUGCUGGAAGACAGCUUACAGCAGUUGCGACGACUACAUGCAGCUGUACAGCGCAUGAGAACUGCGCCAUUGCCUCUCCUGGCGACAGGCACGAGUCGUCUAAGUACAUCAUGCCCCUCGCUGUGCAAAGAUGGCGUGGUGGAAGUAGACUGCUCGUCUCCUACACAUCUGGACUUCUACCCUCAGAGCCGGAAAGGCAGCGGUGAAUCCCGACAAUGGGGUUUGUGGGAGCGUCGGGACGAGGGCCGCCGCAGCAGCUGGGCGGCGCUCGAGCCUGGACCGAGGACACACGAAUCACAUCGGCAGCGCAGUGCAUUGAAUGGUCACAGCGCGUCGCUCUCGUCGAUGGAAUCCGAGGGCGAGGUGCCGCGACCGGUGCGACACUCGACACACUCGCUCAAUGACAAUGAUCUCGCUAAGGACUUUGAGAAAGUAACAGCAGCGUUACGAGCUGGUGGCGUGGCUCCCGGCUCCGGGGUAGUGGUGCCGGUGGAGGGGGGGAGGCUGGCUGCAAGGUUACCACUACAGAAGUCAGUGUCCACGCCCAGUAUAGUGGCCGCUGUACAACCGCAUCUAGCGCAACCGCCGCCUAACGUUGGCGCGGCGGGCAGUGACUCGGAGAGCGACGACGCGUCCGCCGCCACCGUCGGCGCCACGCAGCCCGCCCGCCUCGCCGCCAACCAUCAGGACCUUGGGUUGCUUCGACUUACCUUCCUCGAACAAGCGGCAUUUGAUCAUCAUGCUGAGAAGAGACGGAAACGGGGCAGCUUAUUCUUCAGGAAGAAGAAGGACAAAUCUCGCAAGACCGCGCAUGCGUGGUCCGCGGCCUGCUCCGGCGGGGACUGCGACUGGUGCGGACGGGCGCUCGCUGACAAACCCGCGCUAUACUGCGACAAUUGCACGAAAACGGUGCAUCAGAACGUGUGCAAAGACUACUUCGACUGCAGUAAGCCGAAAGCUUCAAAGACAUCAGUCGCCAAGUCUCUGAGCGCCAACAGUGGUAAGAGCAGCAAGCGUAGCUCCGUCUCCAGCCAAUCACAGAACACCAAUAGCACCAGCCACAUCUACAAUGACGAGAAAGAUGGCUCCGACCACAAACACGACCAGAGCAACGCCUCCGACGACGCAGGCGUAUCAGAAUGGCCCGAAGUAUUCCUGACACCGGAGCAGCUCGGAGACGAAGCGAUACGUCUAGGACUAGGAGCCUGUGAACCCGAUACUUGGGCCGCCGGGGCGCCUAAGGGACUUGCUAAACAACUUGGUGACAGAGAGACAAAGCGGCAGGAGCACAUCUACGAGUUGAUACUGACGGAGAAACACCAUUGCUUGACCAUCAGGCUUAUGCAGAAGAUGUUCGCGGAAGGCAUGGUCCGCGGCGCGGGCGUGUCUGCGGCGCAGGUGGCGCGCAUGUUCCCGCGCGUGGACGAGCUGUGGGCGCUGCACGCGGCGCUGCUGGCUCGCCUGCGCGCGCGACAGCGACUCGCGCCCGCCGUCGCCUCCAUCGCCGACAUACUCUGCGACACCUUCGCCCCGCCCGCGCAUCACAAACUCAAGGCUGCUUACGGUGAGUUUUGUUCCCGUCACCGCGACGCAGUGGAGGUGUUCAAGGAGUGCUGUACGAGGGAGCCGAGACUGUCGCGGUUCAUCAGGAAGUGUCAACAGAACCCACUGUUGAGGAAGAAGGGUGUCCCAGAAUGCGUCCUCUUCGUAGCCCAGCGUCUAACAAAGUACCCGCUACUGUUGGAGCCGCUACUGAAGACUGCAGGGGACGACCUCACUGAGCGAGACUUGUUGCAACGCGCGCUCUGUGGAGUCAAGGAGAUCCUAGUGGACGUGGACAAUCAGGUAGCUGCGAAGGAGCGCGAGGACCGUAAGUUGGAGAUAUACCACCGCAUCGACGCCAAGUCAUUCGCCAACUUCAGGGGACGCAAGUUCAAGAAGAGCGAUAUACUGCAGGGGAAUCGGAGCUUGAAAUUCGAAGGCGUAGCAACAUUAAUGCAGGGUCGCAGUAAGAUGCAAACACUACUGGUGAUAGUACUGACAGACGUACUGUUCUUCCUCCACGAUAAUAACAACAAAUAUACGUUCUUUACGCCUGAUAACAAGACGGGUGUAGUAUCCCUGGUAAAGCUACUAGUCCGCGAGAAGGCAGGCGCGGAGGGUCGCGGUCUGUACUUGAUAUGCAGCGGACCCACUGAGCCGGAGAUGUUCGAACUCAGGGUGCAUCGACCAAAGGAUAUACAGACCUGGAUACAGGCCAUCAGAGCGGUAGUACAGAGUUGUCCGGAUGAGGUAGAAGAAUCAGAAGUAGGAGCGACGGCGCCCUCUGCCGAGGAGAGGCAGCGGCAACUGGACGCCAGGCAUGAGAAUAUAAGACUGAUCACUGAGGCGCUAAGGGCUAAGGACAGGGAGCACGCGACGUUACUCGAAGAGAAGAUGGCGCUGCAGAUGAAAAUGGUCGGCAUCACGGACGAGACGUGGCUUACACUGCCACACACAGGUCAGUUGCGUAGCAGCACAGCGUUCCCCGGACUAGUAUUCCCAGACUACGUGCGUCUAGCAGCGCCCUCUGCUGACAAGUACGCGCUGUGGCAGGACGUCUGCAAAGUUGUUAUGGAUGCAUUAGAAGCGAGCAGUGCACCGUGGCAGAGUGGCGGAGCGCUAGGCCGCAGUACUAGCUCGGCCGGCGAGAGGCACUCCGUCGCGUACGAGAGCCCCGCACUACCAAGGCGAGCAGAUACCUUCGCUGGAUUCGAUGCUAGUAGGCAUAGAGUAUCAAACGUCACGCUCCGUAUGUCGACGGACACGCCGACGGAGGGCGGCGAGGCGGAGGCAGAGAAAGCGAGCGAAGCAGGGGAGCGACACGAACUCAGCGGGGAGGCCGCGCUCAAACUGCAACACGCUAUAUACACGCUGACGUGCAUCGUCUGGCAACAACUUACUACUAUACACAGCCUAGAAGCGCAGGUAAGUGCCUGGCGCUGGCAGGGUGGCGGCGGGGCGCGGACCCCGGACUGGUCGGACGCCCAGCUCGAGGAACUGCGACACGCGCAGGCGCGGCUCACCAGGGACCGCGCCGCCUUCGACGCUCAGCGCGCCGCGGACCACGCUGCUUUGGCUGCAGAACGCCAGCAGUUACAAGCCGCGCGACAAGAGCUAGCGGAGCAACAGAAGGACGUAGAACAACAAAGGGAGAGGCUCUUCAGGCGACUCGAGCGGUUACAGCAACAUGCAGGUGGAUCUCAGGAGGAGAUAGCGAGUGUGGGCACUCUGUCGCCGGACUCCAGUGUCAGUGAUACCACGCGGCGGAAAGAACCCAAGUGGCGGAACAACCGCGGCUCCACGGGGUCGGAGUCGUCGGUGUCAGCGAGCAGCGCGCGCGCCGGCGUGCUGCCGCCGCCGCAGCUACUGUCCGCGCAGAACGAGACGCGCGCCACCGUACACGCGUCCGCCAUAUCGCAAAUGGUAAAACAACAGCUUCCUCUAAAGCUGGCCAGUGGUAAGAGCCAACAGCCACCGCCCGGGUACCACCGCCUGCACGAGUCUCCUAGCGAGCACCAGAGCCAGGGCCUAGUGAUCCACCACACGCGCACCGGCAGCUCGCCCGCACCGCUACCCUCGCAGCAACAGAUCAAUAACAAAGCCACCAGAACAAACACAUACCCAAAAUUGCCGGACAAGUUCCGCGUUCGAUCCCCCGACACGGGAGCGUCAACUGCCUCUCCCCCCGCAGCGGCUUCCGAGGAGGAGGUGAUCUUCUUCUGA